GUGCUAUGGGUCAAACUGUGAACUAUUCAGGUCCCGUUUGUGCUGUGAAAAACUCGACUGUCACCCUCCCGUGCACCUUCAAACCAAUUGAGUCUCUCAUUGAGGAUGAGCGACAAGUUUUUCCGCAGGUCAUCAGAGUCCGCUGGUGCCAGAAUCAUGAGAUUUGUCAGGGAACCACCCCGUCUGUGUACGACAGUAAAUCAAAGGACAACGGCCCUCGCUACCGAUACCUGGGAGACAUGAAGGGAAACUGCACUUUGCAGAUCAGAAAUGUAAAGAUGGCAGACGAUGCAACGUUACGGUUCAGAAUGGAACUCGAUUAUUCUGAAGGGCAUUUUACUGGACGAUCAGGAGUGGUUGUCAGAGUCGUUGAAGGGACUCAAAUGAGAAUAAACAGCUCCAGCGACGGUGGAAUGAUGAGAGAAGGGGAAACGGUCACACUGCGCUGCACCUCAGUCUGCACUUUCCACCAACUGGAGGUCACCUGGUCAAGAAAUGACCGCGUCCUCGAAGAGUUCGGCUCCGCCCUCCAGCUCGGCCCUCUGACUGCAGAGGAUUCUGGGAACUACACCUGUCGUUUGAAAAAAAACCGGAGGACCCGCUCCCUGCCCUACAUGCUGCAUGUACAACCUGUGGAUAAAGGAGAGGACGGUAACGUGCUUCUGAUAGUUGGUGUGGUGCUCGGUGUCUUUCUGGCUCUGUGCGCUCUCAUACUGGUCUUCUUCAUCAUCAAAAGCAUUUGCAGGAAGCGGGCAGCAGCCGGCGAGGAACAGACAGCUGUGGGAGGUGAGGUGGAGCAAAAGGUGAGUUAUAUUUUUAUCAUCCAUUUUCUCUUCUACCAAUUGUCCUUUCUAGGUGAGGGGGAUGAGGAUGAUGGGGGGCAUUUGGAUAUGUUAACAGCUGGGUUCUUCGAGGUCAACGCUGCAGGACCUAAAAAAUACUAAUGGCAAAUAAAGUGUGUUAAAUCAAGUUUAUUUUCCCAGUGAGAACACUUGCAGUAUAUUUCUACGUACUGUAUAAUAAAGUGCCGUUUUAUUUAACGAAGCUACCACUAUGAUGUAUUUUUGUGAAUUACUAUC